AAAAUGGAAUAAACAACUCGGAGGAACCAGAGCGCGAGAGAGCGAGUGGAGGCAGAAUUUAAAAAUAAACCGGCCCCUCCGCCUUCCCCACCCGCUUGCCGCUGCCGCUCCCUGUUCCCCUGCCCGCGCCCUCGAAGUCCCCGUCUGGGCCCGCGCGCCCACCCCGUCGUCCCGCGCGGCCCCUUUAAGAAAAGAGAACGAGAGAGUGAGUGAGAGAAUCCCAACUCUCCCCCUACCCUCCCUCCUUCUACCCCCUCCUCCCUCCCCUCUCCCCUCCCCCUUCUCCCCGGGCGGCUCCGGCUCCCGCAGCGGGACAGACCCACCCGCCCAGGCUUUUAUCCGGCACCGGCAGCGUCUUCCUUUCCUCCCCCGUCUAUGGUGGCGGCGGCGGCGGCGGCUCCUCGGGCGGCGGCGGAAGACGAGGCUGCGGCGUUGCCAUGAACAGUGGCGGCGGCCUCCCGCCCACCUCGGCCGCCGCCUCCCCUUCCUCCUCCUCGCUGGCGGCGGCGGUGGCGGUGGUGGCCCCGCCGGGGGUCGGGGGUGUCCCCGGCGGGGCGGCGGUAGGAGUGAAGCUGAAGUACUGCCGCUACUACGCUAAGGAUAAGACUUGCUUCUACGGGGAGGAGUGUCAGUUCCUGCAUGAGGACCCUGCCGCCGGGGCUGCCCCGGGCCUCGGCCUCCAUAGCAACAGCGUCCCCCUGGCUCUGGCUGGUGCACCCGUGGCCGGCUUUCCGCCGGGAGCCGUCGCGGGCGGGGGAGCUGGGCCGCCCCCCGGGCCCAAGAAGCCGGACCUGGGGGACCCGGGGACCGGAGCCGCAGCCGGCGGAGGAGGCAGCAGCGGGGGACUCGAUGGACCGCGCCUGGCAAUUCCAGGAAUGGAUGGAGGUGCUUUAACUGAUACAAGUCUCACAGAUUCCUAUUUUAGCACCAGCUUUAUUGGAGUCAAUGGAUUUGGAAGCCCUGUAGAAACAAAAUAUCCCCUGAUGCAGAGAAUGACUAAUAGUAGCAGCUCCCCAAGCCUUCUAAAUGACAGUGCCAAGCCAUAUUCAGCCCAUGAUCCUCUAACAUCACCUGCUUCAUCCUUGUUUAAUGACUUUGGUGCCCUCAACAUCUCUCAGAGACGAAAGACACCAAAUCCUACUGCAAGCGAGUUUAUUCCUAAAGGAGGAUCAACCUCCAGGCUGAGUAACGUGUCCCAGUCAAAUAUGUCUGCCUUCUCUCAAGUUUUCUCUCACCCAUCCAUGGGAAGCCCUGCUACUGCUGGAUUAGCGCCAGGAAUGUCGUUGUCUGCUGGGUCUUCCCCUCUUCAUUCCCCCAAGAUUACUCCACAUACUUCUCCUGCUCCCAGAAGAAGAAGUCACACUCCAAAUCCAGCAAGUUACAUGGUGCCUUCUAGUGCCUCUACAUCUGUUAAUAAUCCUGUUUCUCAGACUCCGUCUUCUGGUCAGGUGAUCCAAAAGGAAACUGUUGGUGGGACGACUUACUUCUAUACAGACACAACUCCAGCACCUUUGACUGGAAUGGUGUUUCCAAACUAUCAUAUUUAUCCUCCAACUGCACCUCACGUUGCUUAUAUGCAACCGAAAGCAAAUGCACCUUCCUUCUUCAUGGCUGAUGAACUCCGACAGGAGCUGAUCAACAGACAUUUAAUAACAAUGGCUCAAAUUGAUCAAGCAGAUAUGCCAGCAGUUCCUACAGAGGUUGACAGCUACCAUAGCCUAUUCCCUCUAGAACCACUGCCACCUCCCAACCGGAUACAGAAAUCAAGUAAUUUUGGGUAUAUUACGUCUUGCUACAAAGCUGUAAAUAGCAAAGAUGAUCUGCCAUAUUGCCUUCGGAGGAUACAUGGUUUUCGUCUUGUUAACACAAAGUGCAUGGUGUUGGUCGACAUGUGGAAGAAAAUUCAACACUCAAAUAUCGUAACUUUGCGCGAAGUAUUUACCACUAAAGCAUUUGCUGAGCCCUCUCUUGUGUUUGCAUAUGAUUUCCAUGCUGGAGGAGAAACUAUGAUGAGCAGACACUUUAAUGACCCUAAUGCUGAUGCCUACUUCACCAAGAGAAAGUGGGGUCAGCACGAUGGACCAUUGCCCAGGCAGCAUGCUGGAUUAUUGCCAGAAUCUCUUAUUUGGGCAUAUAUUGUCCAACUAAGUUCUGCAUUGCGUACCAUUCAUACAGCAGGUUUGGCAUGUCGAGUUAUGGAUCCAACAAAGAUUCUGAUAACUGGCAAAACAAGGUUGCGAGUAAAUUGUGUUGGAGUUUUUGAUGUUUUAACAUUUGAUAACAGUCAAAAUAAUAAUCCAUUGGCAUUAAUGGCCCAGUACCAGCAAGCAGAUCUGAUAUCAUUAGGAAAAGUUGUGUUGGCUUUGGCUUGCAACUCUUUGGCAGGAAUUCAGCGAGAGAAUUUACAGAAAGCCAUGGAACUGGUGACAAUCAACUAUUCCUCUGACCUGAAGAAUCUGAUUUUGUAUUUGUUGACUGACCAAAACAGGAUGCGAAGUGUAAAUGACAUCAUGCCCAUGAUUGGUGCUCGAUUUUAUACUCAAUUGGAUGCUGCUCAAAUGAGAAAUGAUGUCAUAGAGGAAGACCUUGCAAAGGAGGUUCAAAAUGGAAGACUGUUUAGGCUCCUAGCAAAAUUGGGAACAAUCAAUGAGAGGCCGGAGUUUCAGAAGGAUCCCACUUGGUCAGAGACUGGAGACCGUUAUCUGUUGAAACUCUUUAGGGAUCAUCUUUUUCAUCAGGUGACAGAAGCAGGUGCUCCCUGGAUUGACCUCAGUCAUAUAAUUUCUUGUCUUAACAAGCUAGAUGCUGGUGUGCCAGAAAAAAUAAGCCUGAUUUCCAGAGAUGAGAAGAGUGUACUUGUGGUGACCUACAGUGACUUAAAGCGCUGCUUUGAAAAUACUUUUCAAGAACUGAUUGCAGCUGCAAAUGGUCAGUUGUAGUAUUUGCUAAAAAAGCACGCAGGACAUGGCUAAAGACCUUAACCAAUAGCAAAUUGCACUACAGCUGAACUUUUCAUCAUCUCAUUCACAUUUGGGAAACGAACAGGAGAUGAGCAAAGCUGCUUGCACUUCAGUCAGGUACACUGUUACUUGAAAGGAAGAAUGUUUCACUUACCCAAGAGCUAUGGCUGCCAUUGGAGGCUGUUAUCUGUGAAGAAUUUAUUUUAGAUUUAGGAGCACCAUCAGGUGAAUGAUGUUCCUGCUUUUGUUUUUUCCACUUGUAUAUGCACUAAUUUUAAUUUUUUAAAGACUUUUUCUGAUCUUUGAACUUUUGCCACAUUGUAUACUUAUAAUGGGAAACUUUGCAAGGACAUUUUUGGGAAGCAAUGCUGGGCAGCGUUUUUGCCAUUGAGGGUUGCAGAAUUUGCUCUUUUUGGGACGGGUUGCCCUGAAUAACAUUACAGACCAGGUAAAUAAUUUCAUAGAAGUUCAGUAUAGUACGUAAUUCUUGUAAGAGUAUUGUAUGCAAGCUCUCUGUAUGCCACCCACUGUUAGUUCAAAUUGAGAUUUUUGUUUUGUUUUGUUCUUAAGAACAUACCAAGAAAGUACCAGUGAAUUGUUGGAUAUGAAUUCCCUGUUAGUUGAUUUAAAUCCUUUCUGAAUAAAGAUCAGAUAAACAGUAACUGAAGGAGCAUGUAUAGCUCUUUCCUUCAAAUUCAACUAGAGCCUUUUUAAAAAGACAUUUGCCUGCUAGUCAGAUACAUUUACAUUUAUGCAAAUUUUUUAAAUAGGAGAAAAUUAAGAAAUUGUGUUAAAGGCCUAAAGUUCAGGUGUAUAUUACUUUAGGUUCUUUGCAGUUUGUUGUUUUUUGUUUUUUUUUUUUGGGGGGGCGGGAGGGAGGUUUAUGAAGUUCUGCUCUUUGAACCACAGCUUUAUUAUGGUCCUUUACACUGGAGACAGACACAGAGACACUGUUCAGAAGAUGAACUAAACUCAGCAGUGGUCUGGUAUCAAGAGCUUUCUGAUGUUUUACAGCCUGAAUUUGGAGGGAUAACGAUCUGCUGUGCCUUUGCAGUCACUGCUUAGCCCAAAGUAAUAGUACUUUUGAUAAUAACUCACUCUGUGCGAUAUUCCUGAAUAAGUCCAUCUCAAAAGUUUGGAGUUUUCGUCCUCUUAACUUUCUUAAUAUUUGGACAUGCAGUUGUCGCCAAACUUGGGUAUUCAUGGAAUUUCUAGUAAAUGAAAUACCUAUACUUUGAUACUGAAGACUGCCAAAUACAUAGGAAUUUUCUUUCUUAAAAAACAGUAAUGAAGACUAUAUCUCCUUUCCCAGCACUGAAUAUUUUACUAGCACUGGGUGCUCACCAUGCAACUGAAGAAAAUGUGGAAACUCAAAAGGUCAGGACAGACUUCCAAGCACUUGCAACUGAUGUUACUGUCUUCAAUUUUAAUAAUUACACAUAUUUGUAUAUUUCAGAGAAGUUUUUAAUAUUUCUCUGUCCACUUUUUAUAAGCUUUAAAAUGAUAUUCUCUGCCUUGAGAUUUGCAUCAAGAAAAAGCACCUCUCUUCACCUGAAAGCUUUGAAGACUAGAGACACGCUUUACACGUUUUAACAAGUAUAUUGAGUCCACGUUUGGUAGCAUCAGUUGUUGAGUUAAAAAGAAAAUUAUUGCAUUUGAUCUGGAUGGAUUUUAAAAGAAUAUAAUGUUCAAUAUUAAAAGGAUAAUUAACAUUUGCCACCAUAAUGUUCUUUUUUAUGUAAAAAGAAGAACUUGGAGACAUUAACAUGAAAAAGUCUUUUAUCAUUAGCUCAUGUAUUUGAGGAAGAGCAGCUGUCUUUUUAUAUGUUUUUUGACAAAUCAUAUUGUAUUCUUUUGUACAAAAAAGAACUACUUGUAUUCUAGAAGAAAUAUGAAAUGCUUAAUUUAUAAGCGGGCUGGAGAUUUUUUCCAAUAUUGUUUUCUUUGAAAAUGAAAGGGGAUCAUCUAUUUUAGUUUUGGGGUCUGGGAACUUUUUGAAAAUUUAAUUUGUGGACCAAUGUUUUGUGAAAGCUAAAGAGGGCAGGGGUUAAAAUAGGGCUUGAAUUUCUCAUUCUGUAUAGACCAGCAAACUUCCCUGUGCAAGGCAAGUUUACAUCACAAAUCCAAGAAUGUUUGCAUCCUAAAUGCUAGUUUGCUUCAGCCCCUAGUUAACCUCAGGACUUGGUUUGCAUAUAAAAGGUAGACAGCUGAUAUGUUUUCAUGAAUAAAUAUUGUCAGCCAGAAAAGGUUGGUGUCAGGUAAUGCAUAUUUUUUUAAGCUUUGUUUUAUAUUUAUUUUUCAUUUAGUUUUUAUUGGGAAUGGUUUUCAAAGAACUCUCAGUUCUGCCUAGGUGUUUUUGGGGGAGCCCUGUUUUCCAUAGUGUAAUUCCAUUUAAGAGGUUGUCUAAAAGUCUUUUUAAUUAAUAGAAAGAUUUUAAUAUCCAAGAGUAGUCAAAUUAAGGAUAUAAACUUUCCACACCUUCCUGUCGUGACAGAUAAAAGCACAGAAAGGACAACCCUUGAAAUCAUGUAAUGUUGGUCAUUUCAAUAUUUUGUACCUGUUUUAAAUUCUGUUAGUGUAUUUACUUCAUUGUAAAUAUUCUUGAGGGUACCUUUGUAUUUUGCUUUUGACCUUGGUUCUGUGAUUUGGAUGUCAACAACUUCCCUAAAAAGCACCAGUGUGUUAAGUUCUAAUGUCAUGACCCAAUUUGUGUUAUUCAUCUUUAAUCCUGUUUUCAGUCUCUAUGUGUACAGCAGUAUUUUUAAUAAAGAAUUACAGAGAUAAA